CCUGAUUACAUAAAUUGAUAACUCAGGCUAGAAGUAAGAUACAAAUAUGAAACUUGUGUCGAAUUGUUUACAAACUAUCAAAGUUUUUUUCCUGUUUUAGGUUCGCAGUACGUAAGUAGUGGAUGAGGUGCAGUGCCCAAGAAGCCAUGUUAACCACAGUCGUUGAAUCGAUCCCUCCAGUGAUGUUGGCUAAUGUGUGGACGGAAAUUGAAUAUCGCCUAGAUGUGCUACGUGCUACCAAGGUUGCUCAUGUGGAAGUUUACUGAUGACAAAAUGAAUCCACAGUAUGGUGGCCCAUUGGAAGCUCGAGCCCCUUUAAUGCCAGCAUAUAAUCAGGCUCCUCCAUCAAAUUCAUACAAUGCCUUUGAAAUGCAUGGAGGGCCAGUUAUGAAUAAAGGUUAUCCGCCAGCAAAUUAUCAAACUGCUGGAAUUCAGAAUGGCCCAUCAAUUAAUUUUCCUGGUCAUAUGCCAAACCAAAGUAAUUCUCAAGUGCAAUCUGCUGCAGUGCCUCCAGAUCAGAUGAUUAAUAAUCAGUUGUCCCAUGAUAUGAAUGCCCUGUAUCUUUCACAGAAUCAAAAUCACCCAUUAUUAACUGGUCGUCAGCCACCUCAGAAACUUCCUAACAAUUUAUCAGGACCUCCACUAUCCCAUUCUCCUACUCCACCAUUACAGCAGCAGCAAUAUUGGCAGCAGCCAUCUAGAGGGACACCUGGUCCUGGGGGACAACUUGAGAAUAUUCCUGAUUCUUGCCCUCCAAAUGCUAAUUCAGUAUAUCAACCAAAUCAGCAUAGAGGGUCUUCUUACUCUGCACCACUAACAAAUACCUCUUUUUCUUCCAUGCCCCAUGGUGACAGAGCAGUACCACCAUCAGAUCCUGCUAAUCAAAUGCAUAGUAACAGAAUGUCAAAUCCAGAAAUGUUUCAACCCCCAAUCCAGCAACAGCAGUUUACAAGCAAUCGACAACAAAUGCCUUAUACUAAUGGCAUUACUGGACCUGUUCCACCUGCACCUAGCAGUCAAUAUGGCCAUCCAAAUUCAAGCAUGCAUGCUCGGUAUCCUCCAGCUCCAUCUCCUGGCCCUGUGCAAGGAAGUGUGCAUCCAUCUGUUUCAGCAUCACAGUAUAAUGUACAAGGAAGUGUGCAUCCUUCUGUUUCAGCAUCGCAGUAUAAUGCACAAGGAAAUGUGCAUCCUUCUGUUCCAGCAUCGCAGUAUAAUGCUCAAGGAAGUAUGCAUCCUUCUGUUCCAGCAUCACAGUAUAACCAUCAGGGUAAUGCUCUUUCAUCUCAGAAUCGGUUGGGCGCUCUACCUCCACCUACUACACAAAAUCGAAGAUUGGAUCCUGAUAAUAUGCCUAGUCCUAUCCAAGUUAUUGAAGAUGAUAGGAAGCUUAGAAGUUGUUCUUUUCCUACUGCUCAACGGGGGCUGGUACCUCCUCUAGUAACCACAGAUUUUACAGUCAUUGAUGAAGGUCUUUGUAGUCCAAGAUUUAUUCGAUCAACAAUUUAUAAUGUGCCUACUACAGCAGAGAUGUUGAAACAAACAUCUGUACCAUUUGCUCUAGCUGUAAGUCCAUUUGCCCAAGUUCAUGAUGGGGAAAAUCCUCCACCUGUUGUUGAUCCAGGUGAAGAAGGUCCAGUAAGAUGUAACAGAUGUCGAGCUUACAUGAGUCCUUUCAUGCAGUUUAUAGAUGCAGGCCGAAGGUUUCAGUGUAUGCUUUGCAAAGCUACUUCUGAAGUGCCAAUGCAUUAUUUUACGCAUCUGGACCACAUGGGAGAGCGUGUUGAUAAGAUGGAAAGAGCUGAAUUAUGCUUAGGAUCUUAUGAAUUCAUUGUCAAUAAAGAUUAUUGUAAGGAAGGAAAAUAUCCAAACUGUCCUGCUUUCAUAUUUGUGAUUGAUGUAUCAUAUAACAGUAUAAGAAGUGGAAUGGUAAAAACUCUGUGUGAUAACAUGAAAAGUGUCCUCUCUGGAUUACCUAGAGACCUGAGUUUCUCAGAAUCAAAAAUACGAGUAGGAUUUGUGACCUACAGUUCUGUUAUCCACUUCUAUAACAUAAGUGAAAAUUUGGCACAACCUCAAAUGUUAGUUGUAUCCGAUGUUCAUGAUAUGUUCAUGCCCCUCUUGGAUGGUUUUCUUGUAAACAUAUCGAAAGCAGAGCAUGUUAUUGAUAGUUUAAUGGAGCAAAUUCCUUUGAUGUUUGCUGAAACAAGAGAAACAGAAACAGUUUUAGGUCCUGCAAUACAAGCUGGAGUGGAAGCUCUGAGAGCAGCAGAAUGUGCUGGGAAAUUGUUUGUCUUUCACUCGACACUACCAAUUGCUGAAGCUCCGGGCAAGUUAAAGAAUAGGGAUGAUAGAAAAUUGCUAGGAACUGAAAAAGAAAAGGCAGUUUUAACCCCUCAGACUACUUUCUAUAAUAACCUUGGCCAAGACUGUGUAAAAGCAGGUUGCUCUGUUGAUUUAUUUCUGUUUAAUAAUGCGUACAUUGAUGUUGCUACUUUGGGUCAAGUUUGUCGACUGACCGGUGGACAGUUAUAUAAAUACACCUAUUUCCAGGCUGAUCUAGAUGGUGAAAGAUUUAUAGAAGAUUUACGGCGGGACGUUGAAAAACCCAUUGCUUUUGAUGCAGUGUUAAGAGUUCGAACAAGCACUGGUGUACGACCGACUGAUUUUGUGGGUAGUUUCUUUAUGUCAAAUACAACUGAUGUAGAGUUAGCUUCCAUAAACUGUGACAAAUCCCUCAACAUUGAAAUAAAAUAUGAUGAUAAGCUUAAUGAAGAUGAAGGAGUGUGUAUACAGUGUGCCAUUCUUUAUACAAGCUGUUCAGGUCAGCGUAGACUUCGUGUACAUAAUCUUGUUCUUAACACCUGCACACAAAUGGCUGAACUUUUCCGUAACUGUGAACUGGAUACUAUAAUGAAUUAUUUCCUUAAAGAUGGUGUUCGUAGAAUAACUGAGGAAACUCCAAAACAGGUGAAAGAACAUUUCAUAUCAUGCAGUGCUCAAAUACUAGCCUGCUAUCGUAAGAAUUGUGCUCAGGCUUCUUCAGCUGGACAGUUGAUUUUGCCAGAGUGCAUGAAACUUCUUCCUCUUUAUUUAAAUUGUCUUAUCAAAAGUGAUGCUUUAGCUGGAGGACAAGAAAUUUCUACUGAUGAUCGAAGUUUUAUAAUGUUUACUGCAUUAAAUAUGGAUGUGGAUUCUUCUGCUGCUUACCUGUAUCCCAGAUUAAUUCCCCUUCAUGAUAUUAAGCCUAAUCCUGAAUAUGUUCAAAUACCUACUGCUAUCCGAUGCUCUAUAGAAAGGAUAAAAGAACAUGGAGUUUAUCUUUUAGAAAAUGGACUAAAUAUGUUCUUGUGGGUUGGAAUGAAUACUGAUCCAGAAUGGAUUCAGGAUGUUUUUUCUGUUCCUACUGUUGCACGGAUAGAUAUUGAUAAGAACCAGUUAUUACAGCUCAAUAACCCAGUGUCAGAAUGUGUAAGGGCCAUUAUAAAUCUCAUACGAAAUGAGAGACAAAGAUAUAUGAAAUUGUGUAUAGUGAGACAGGGUGACAAGAUGGAGCUCAUGUUUAAACAACUACUUGUCGAAGAUCGAACUACAGAAGGAAGUGUUUCCUAUGUAGACUUUCUAUGUCAUCUUCACAAAGAAAUUAGAACUUUGCUAUCAUGAGAUAAAAUUUAAUUGUUAGGUUUAACACAAUGUUAGUAUGGUAUGAAAUUUCUUGCAUCAAGUCUUAAAAUGGAUGCAAUUUAAACUUUGGGAAAAAAUAUAUUUUUAUGCUCCUACUGUUGACUUGAGAUUGAAAACACUAGAAAGCAAAUUAAAGAAAACUAUGUAGAUUGUGAGCAAAGAUUUAUGUAAAUACCAUGAUAAUAUAAAGGGUUCAAGUUUGAUUCAUUGUUUUUAAAAUUUAAAUGCUUUACUCCUGUUUUAUUAUGCUUUAAUAAAAAUCCUAAAUUAGAAACUGAAAAUAUUUUAAAGUAAGUUAUUAUAAAUGCAGUUAUAUAUUUCUUGAACCCCUUGAGUAAAGAAUUUUAAAGCUUGCUUUAAUUUAUUGUUGGAAAAGAAAUCAGUAUUGAGGAAAUUUUAUUUUGGUUGUAAUUAUGACUUAAUUUGUAGUUUGUUUAUAGUAGCUAAUUAUUCUGAGAAUAAAUUUUCUUAUAUCUUUUA